GGAGCCGGAGCCGGGCGGGCCGGUGUGCGGGCAGGUGAGCGGGCAGCCCGGCCCAGCCCCGGCUCCUGCCCGCGCCGCCGCGAUGCUCUGAGCCUUCCGGAGCACGGAGGAGAUGGAGCCUCUGGAGGCCAACAGCAGCUGCAGCAACGGGUCUCUGCUCACCCUUUCGUGCCUUUCCCACCGGGUUGUGUGCCAAGUGAUCGGCAAUGCUGACCCUGUCUGGGACAAUGGGACUUCAGAUAACUCCUGGGUAACUCGGCUAGAAACCAGUUAUGGAUUCUACAUUGGCCUGGGCUUGGCUGUCUUCUCCAGCUUUCUCAUCGGAAGUAGUGUCAUCCUCAAGAAGAAGGGGCUGCUGCGGCUGGUAGAGAAGGGAGGCACCAGGGCAGGAGAUGGAGGCCAUGGCUACCUAAAGGACUGGCUCUGGUGGGCUGGCUUGUUAACCAUGGGUGGAGGGGAAGCUGCCAACUUUGCUGCCUAUGCCUUUGCUCCUGCAACGAUUGUGACGCCUCUGGGGGCUCUGAGCGUUCUCAUAAGUGCCAUCCUAUCUUCAUAUUUGCUUGGAGAACGGCUCAACAUGCUGGGAAAGCUGGGCUGCAUGCUGAGCCUCGUGGGCAGCACUGUGAUGGUGAUACAUGCCCCAGAGGACGAGGAGGUCACCACUCUGGAGGAAAUGUCUUCUAAGCUGAAAGAACCAGGUUUCCUUGCUUAUGCUGCGAUCCUCUUGGCUGUCUGCUUCCUCCUGAUCUUCUACUUCGCACCCCGCUAUGGCCAGAGCAACAUCCUCAUCUACCUCACCAUCUGCUCUGUUAUUGGUGCCUUCUCCGUGUCCUCAGUCAAGGGCCUGGGAAUUGCCAUUAAGGGCUUCUUUGCUGGCCAGCCUGUGCUGCAGCACCCAUUGACGUGGAUCCUAGUCGUCACGCUGGUGGCAUCCAUCACUACACAAAUUAACUACCUCAAUAAGUCUCUAGAUAUUUUCAAUACAUCUUUGGUGUUUCCCAUCUACUACGUACUGUUCACCACCAUCGUCAUUACAACUUCCGUCAUCCUCUUUAAGGAGUGGGUCACCAUGACAGUUGUUGACAUCAUUGGGACAGUUUGUGGCUUCCUCACCAUCAUUCUGGGGGUGUUUUUACUCCAUGCUUUCAAAGACAUGGAUGUCAGUUUAGGGAAUCUACCACAGGUCCUCCAGAGUGAGCAGCAAGCACCAGUCACCCGAGAUGACAAGAACAUCCUGAUAGAGGUGGACAACUCCAGCAUCGCCCCAGAGGAUAAACCCAAAGUAUUCAUGAUCUACACCUAAUGUGUUAUAUGCAAGGGUCUGGAGGUUGGGUAAAUGGGUUGAUGUCAAUAUUCCGGAUGCUAGUGAGCAGUUUAGAAAAGGAAAAGCAGAAAAUGAAACCAACAGUGUCUUAUCCAAAACUUGGUAGAGUCAAACCAAGUCUUUCUCAGGGCUUUGGUAUUGGAUCUUUGUUAUGAUGUGGCAGCAAGGAGCGGGUUUAGUCCUUACUGGGUUUUAAUACAUGCAGCCACUGAAAAUGAAAAUCCUCUUGAAAUAUGAUCUCUGAGGCCCCUUCCCAUCUCUUAUUCUUGGCAGGGAAUUCUAACAAUUACUCUUGCACUCCUUCCCCAAGCGGUCAUUGAUGUGUUUAUUUCCAGGCCCUGACUGAAUCACUGAUUAGUGGUUUUUUGUCCUUUUUUCCCUCU